UCUCAGCUGUGCUAGCUGGAGAAGUGGCCAGGCUUUAGCUGACACUGACAGGCACACUGCACAACAGGCAGCUAGCCUUUAGCACCAGUUUCAUUCAUCUACCAGUAACUACCGCAAACAUGCAGGAAUGGGCGAAUCAGUUAUGCGAAAACCGCCAAUUUGGAUCCAAGAUGACAGACUCCAAGUAUUUCACGACCACCAAGAAAGGUGAGAUCUUUGAGCUUAAGGCAGAGUUGAACAGUGAUAAAAAGGAGAAAAAGAAGGAGGCUGUGAAGAAGGUCAUUGCAUCUAUGACUGUUGGAAAAGAUGUCAGUGCUCUGUUUCCAGAUGUUGUGAACUGUAUGCAGACAGACAACCUAGAACUGAAGAAGCUGGUCUACCUCUACCUGAUGAACUAUGCCAAGAGUCAGCCUGACAUGGCAAUCAUGGCUGUUAACACCUUUGUAAAGGAUUGUGAAGACCCAAACCCUCUUAUCCGAGCCCUUGCUGUUCGCACCAUGGGUUGUAUCCGUGUUGACAAGAUCACAGAGUACCUCUGUGAGCCAUUGAGGAAAUGUCUGAAGGAUGAAGACCCAUAUGUGAGGAAGACAGCAGCUGUGUGUGUAGCAAAGCUCCAUGAUAUCAAUGCCCAGUUGGUGGAGGAUCAGGGCUUCCUGGAUACCCUGAAGGACCUCAUCUCAGACUCCAACCCCAUGGUGGUAGCAAAUGCAGUGGCAGCACUGUCUGAGAUAGCAGAGUCUCAUCCCAACAGUAAUCUUCUAGACCUGAACCCUCAGACUAUCAACAAGUUACUGACAGCUCUUAAUGAGUGCACAGAGUGGGGACAAAUCUUCAUUCUUGACUGUCUGGCUAAUUACACACCUCGUGAUGACCGCGAGUCCCAAAGCAUCUGUGAGCGUGUGACGCCACGGCUCUCCCAUGCCAACUCUGCAGUGGUGUUAUCAGCAGUAAAAGUUCUAAUGAAAUUUAUGGAGAUGCUGCCCAAAGAUUUGGACUACUAUGGCACACUGCUCAAGAAGCUUGCCCCCCCUCUGGUUACUCUUCUCUCUGCUGAGCCUGAGUUACAAUAUGUGGCCCUCAGAAAUAUCAACCUCAUUGUACAGAGACGCCCAGAAAUCCUGAAACAUGAGAUGAAGGUUUUCUUUGUCAAAUACAACGACCCAAUCUAUGUCAAACUGGAGAAGCUGGACAUCAUGAUUCGCUUAGCAUCUCAAGCAAACAUUGCUCAGGUGUUGGCUGAGCUGAAGGAGUAUGCCACAGAGGUGGACGUGGACUUUGUCCGCAAAGCAGUCAGAGCCAUUGGCCGCUGUGCCAUCAAAGUUGAGCAAUCAGCAGAGCGCUGUGUCAGCACCUUGCUAGACCUCAUUCAGACCAAGGUGAACUACGUGGUGCAGGAGGCCAUUGUAGUCAUCAAGGACAUCUUCCGCAAAUAUCCCAAUAAGUAUGAGAGUGUCAUUGCUACUCUGUGUGAAAAUUUGGACUCCCUGGAUGAGCCAGAGGCACGCGCAGCCAUGAUCUGGAUUGUGGGAGAGUACGCCGAACGCAUUGACAACGCUGAUGAGCUGCUGGAGAGCUUUCUGGAGGGUUUCCAUGAUGAAAGCACCCAGGUACAGUUGCAGCUACUGACUGGCAUAGUCAAGCUGUUCCUGAAAAAGCCCACAGAGACUCAGGAGCUGGUGCAGCAGGUGUUAAGCCUGGCCACACAGGACUCUGACAACCCUGACCUCAGGGACCGUGGGUACAUUUAUUGGCGUCUGCUCUCUACGGACCCAGUGGCUGCCAAGGAGGUGGUUCUGGCUGAGAAGCCCCUGAUCUCUGAGGAGACUGAUCUGAUUGAGCCUACACUGCUGGAGGAGCUCAUCUGUCACAUUGGUACUCUGGCCUCUGUUUACCACAAGCCUCCCAGUGCCUUCGUUGAGGGCAGCCGUGGUGUUCAACAUAAGAGACUUCCAGGCAGUGCUGGAUCUGGGGAGAGUGUUGAUAGCCCAGAUACAGGCUCAGCUGCUGGAGUCUCUGAGGCCCCCCCCGCUGUUAUUCCCUCCCAGGGAGAUCUCCUGGGAGAUUUGCUCAAUCUGGACCUGACACCUCCCACCACAACUGGACCACCACCACCCACCUCUGGCAUGCAGAUGGGAGCUAUGGAUCUUCUUGGUGGAGGACUGGAUAGCCUGAUGGGGGAUGAGUCUGAGCCGCCGCCCAUUCCCCUGCGGACGGACACUCCUCAGUCACCUCAGCUCUCACAUCAGUCCCCAUCGCCCCCAGAUUACAGCCCUACUGAGCUUGGCGGAGACCUUGGAGGAAAUCCUGCUAUGGCGGCUGGUUUUGGUGCUCCUCCAGCUGUUAUGCCAACCUCUUUCAAUGCCCCUGUUAGUGGCGGUUUGGAUGACCUGUUUGAUCUUGGAGGUGGAGUUGGGAUGCCAAUGGGAUCUUACAGCCCCCCUAAAACAGUUUGGCUUCCAGCCAUGAAGGCUAAGGGUCUGGAGAUAUCUGGUACCUUUGCCCGCCGUUCUGGGGUUAUCCAAAUGGAGAUGACCCUCACUAACAAAGCUAUGAGUGUUAUGACUGAUUUUGCUAUCCAGUUUAACAGAAACAGCUUUGGUCUAGCUCCAGCUGGUCCGCUGCAAGUUCUUACUCCUCUUAGCCCAAACCAGAGUAUUGAAGUGAGCCUUCCCCUCAAUACUGUCGGACCUGUCAUGAAGAUGGAGCCUCUCAAUAAUCUACAGGUGGCUGUAAAGAACAACAUUGACGUCUUCUACUUCAGCUGCCAGUACCCCAUCAGCAUGCUGUUUGUGGAGGAUGGAAAGAUGGAGCGACAGGUGUUCCUGGCCACAUGGAAAGACAUUCCUAAUGACAAUGAGUCCCAGUUUCAGAUCAAAGACUGUCAUCUCAGCUCAGAUGCUGCCUCCAACAAACUGCAAGGUAGCAACAUUUUCACCAUAGCCAAGCGUACAGUGGAAGGCCAGGACAUGCUUUAUCAGUCCAUAAAACUGACCAAUGGCAUCUGGGUGCUGGCAGAGCUGAGGGUGCAGGCAGGAAACCCCAACUACACGGUCUCCCUGAAGUGCAGAGCUCCAGAGGUUUCCCAGUCUGUGUUUCAGAGUUACGAGGCAGUGCUGAAGAACUGAAGAGCCCCCUCCCCCUCCGUCGGCCCAGCCACUGCCCUCUCAGACCCCCGGCACCUGCUUCUGCCCUCCUACAGCUGCCCUGCCGACCAUAUUCCAACCUCACGCAGGGCAGGAGCCUCUUCCUGCUGCACUGGGCCUGGAUACUGCACUCUGUAUGUCAUCCAGCUGUUUAAUUAGGAUGGUUAAUGAUCUAUUGUACCACUUUGACCCACUGCUUUUUUUAAGACUAGUUCCUCCUCUUAGACAGCUGUACCCCAUCAUACUUGUCAUUUCAGUUUCACAGAGAUAUUAGCUCAUGCAAAAUCUGUGAGUAAACCUUGAGCAGGACCUCCACCCUUCUCUGCCAGAACGAUCCUGUGAUGACAUUUUUUUUUUGUUUUUUUUUUCCUUCAGGGAAAGAAGGCUAUAUGACUUGUAUUCCCUUGACUGUUUUCUCUGCAUGAGGCUCUUUAAUCAUUAUCUAGCCCCAUUUCUCUGCAAAUUGGAGUCUAUUUUUAGCGUCUGCAAUCAGCAGGUGAAUCAGCGCCGCCAGCAUAUUUAUUUGGGGUAUUUUCAAUUAAAGUGUGAGGGGAAAAAGGCUGCGUCUCUCCUUACCUUCUGCCUAUUUGAAGUGGAAGAUGGUUGCCUGGGCCUUGGAAGAGACACAUAAAUAAACACAGUCUACAUAACUGUUGUAUUUGGCAUUUUAUAGAUUUUCUUUAGUAUCCGUGGUUAGCAGUAGGAUUAGAUCCUCUACUGGCCCUCAAAGCAGGAUGUCUGAUGUGUGCUGUGUGCAUGGAAACUGUUUGUUGCUGUCUGUUUCUUUAAUUUUUACAUCAUAUCUGGAGGUUUUAUAGAGAGAAGCAACAGUUGUUAUCAGUCAGCUCUGUUACUUAGUCAUUCCAUGGUUUAAUUUGUGUUUGUAGUCUUGUUAGUGUACAUCUGGUGAAUUGGGAGAGAGCCUGAGGUGUCCCCUCCAGGCAUCAGUAACAACCACUCAGAUUCUCUGCCACUUUGCUCCGUCUGUAUUGUCCCCGCCGCUUUUUCAGCACCACGGUCAGAUAAAGACGUAGAUUAAAUAACUCUAAACUCUGAUCUUAUGGUGUGUAACACUUCUGAAUAAUAAGUGUAGGUUGCAUGCUCCGUCUGAUUAAAGAAGGCCACAGUGGCUGGCGUCUCGGACUCUACAGAUUAAUUGGAUCCCUCUUUCGAGUCAUUACACUGAAGCCCCUUCAUCGGCCCUACAGGAGAGCUGUGCACCUACGCUAACACCUUUUAGAGAUUACUACAGAGGCGGCUGUGUAUUCUGAGUGUGUGUGUGUGUGUGUGUGUGUGUUUUUGUCCGACAUGACAGCACAUUCAUAUAAAAUGCUGUAAAAAAUCAGAUGUUUAAUCAAAUGUUUUUGACUGAGUGAUUUUGUUCAUUGUGUGUACAUCAUUUAAAAAAGGACUAUUAAAAGUUUGGAUAAAUCCACA